AUGAGCAGCGGCCUCCCCGCCCGCGCCGCCGCCGUGCCUUUCUUCGGCCGCAGCGCCGCAGACAUGCUGCCGCUCUCGCCGCCGCCCACGCCGCCCGGCAGUCCUCCUCUGCGCGCCACUGCCGGGGCUGGGCCGCCGGUCGCUGCGGGGCUCGAGGCUCUGAGCGACGCCACUCGGCGUCUCUCCAUCUCGCCCACCUCGACGCUGAGUGCCUCGAGCAGCUCGGUGCGCAGUCGCGUCUCGCGCCGUAGCAGCAGUAGUCACUCUGUGCGCUCUGCAGGCAGCAGUGGCAGCAGCAGCAGCAGUGCAGCCGUCGCUGCUUCUCUCCUGCGCGCCGCAGCCGCCACGGUGGCAGUGACGCGGGAGCGCGUGCCGCCUUCGCAAGAUGCUUCGUCUGCUUCUGCCUCGACACAGCUGCUGCGUGCAAGCACGUCGCCAACAUCACCUGGCAGUUCGGCCAUCUGCGUCAAGUCUCCCUCGCCAACGUCCAGCUCCGCAUUGGCCGCCGCAACCGCCGCGGCCGAGGCGCGCGGCAUUCUCAUGCCCGCGACGCCCGAGCCUACGCCUACGACGAUGUCGCCCGCCGAUCUCCUCCGUCAUCAUCCCACCGCCUCUGCGCUGCAGUUCCUCUCGGCUCUCUACCCCGAGAUGCCCAAUCCGCCGCCUCACGAGCUCGGCGUGGCGCAAGACGCCAGCAUCGAGCUCGUCUGCGGCGUCGGCUGGACCGGCGCACUGCUCGUCGCCGGCACGACGCAGCGCACGCUGCACGUGCUGCUGCCCGCGACGCUGCGCGACGGGCCGCUGCGCGACGACGUGCUGGCGCUGCUCGACUACGCAUGCGAGCGCCUGCGCGCCAGGCGCGUCGUGCUUGCGCUGCAGCGCAAGGAGAUGCGCGACUUUGGAGCGGUGCUGCAUGGCCUCUGCUAUGUCGGCGCCGUCGUCGUGGCGAAUGGCGGACACGCAAUGCUCAGCCCGAAAGAGGGCGUCGUGCUCGCUGCCAUCGACCUCUAG